GUGAUAAUGGCGCAUGGUUGGUGGGGGUGUGAAACAUGAGUUAUUCCCAUUGAAGUCCAGGCAAAAUAGCGAAAGAGGAGGGGAGGGGGGAGCGUUGCUUCAGCGGCCGCCGGCGCGCUUGUCGGUGAGGGUGCAGGUCGCCGGCGGUAGGGUUUUGGGGUUUGGUGGCAGGGAGCGGGUGGUUGAAGGGGUGGUGGCUAGGGUGGUUUCAAGGGUUUUUUUUUUUUUUAACAAACGGACUAAUCAGAAGGUGACACGUAGCAAGUGGCGGGGUCAAUUAACGGUCAACUAACGGACACUUACAGUCAACUAACAUCCAGACCUCAUUAAUGGCACGGGGUGUCAAUGUUCUAUUUGUCAGUGACAUUUGGUGAAUUUGGGAAAGGCUUAUGACAUUUGGUGAAUUUCGCAAUUGAUUAUAGCAUUUGGUGAAAUAGCCGUACAUUCAACUUGCUUGAGUGAAAAAAGUGGCGCGAGAAGUUCCACUAAAAAUGGCUAUCAACCACUUUGAAAUCUUCUAAAUUUAGUUUUCUGCUUCACAAUGUCUCUUACUCAACUUCAUAGUUUUCCAUCUCCCUUUCUUCAAAUCAAUUCAAACCCUAAAACCCCAAAUCAUACCAACAAUUUCUACUUUUCCCUCAAAUUCCCCCCUAAAUCUUCAUUUAAACCCUCAAUUUCCCUUAAAUUCUCUUCAAUUCCAUCAUCCGCUUAUUCGCUCUCCUCUUCAAUCUCAUCUUUCCAAUCAAUCAAACCCUAUAUUCAAUCGGAAUGGAGGUUAAUCCUUCAAGGUUGGACUUGCAGCGCAAUUUCUGUGUUUUUUCUCUCCAAAAUUGUUCCUAAAGCUGGGAGAUUUUCCCUAAUUUUGGGUGAUUUUUGUUCGAUUAACAACGAUGUUGCUAUACUUGCUUCAUACUUUGUUGUUCGAUUGGUUGCGAAUUACUUGCAACAGGCGUUCUUGUGGGAGGCGGCGUUCAAUUCUGCUUAUAAGAUUAUGGUGUAUGUUUUUCAGAGGGUUUUGGAGAGAGAUUUAGGGUUUUUCGAAGGCGGCGAUGAUCAUGGUGUUGUUGUUUCUUCUGGGGAUAUCUCGCACCGGAUCACUUCCGAGGCUUCUGAUGUUGCUGAAACAAUAUUUGCUCUUUUAAAUACUAUAGUUCCUUGCACUCUCCAGUUAUCGGCUAUGGCAGCACAGAUGUUAGUCAUCAGCCCUGUUCUGUCAAUGAUAUCUGCCUUGGUUAUUCCUUCUGUGGCACUUUCCAUUACUUUACUUGGUGCAAGGCUUCAAAGAAUUUCAAGGAAGGCACAUCAGAGUAUUGCUGCUCUUUCCGCUUACUUGAAUGAGGUCCUCCCCUCAAUCCUUUUUGUUAAAGCUAGCAAUAUGGAGUGGACCGAAAGUGUUAGGUUCAAACAGCUUGCUCAUGCUGACCUGAACCGACAGUUAAAAAAGAAGAAAAUGAAGGCCCUCAUUCCUCAAAUUGUGCAAGCUGUUUAUUUUGGAGCUUUGCUCAUCUUUUUGGCUGGGUCGCUCUUUUUCUCCAAGGGAUUCUUCAACACUUGCGGCUUGAUCACGUUUUUGACUUCCUUGGCCUUCUUAGUUGACCCUAUUCAGGGUGUUGGAAAAGCAUACAAUGAGUUGAAGCAAGGAGAGCCAGCUAUUGAGCGUUUGUUUGAUCUUACUAGAUUCACCCCUCGGGUGAUAGAGAGGGUGGAUGCUAUUCAUAUAAAUUCCGUCAAAGGUGAAGUGAAGUUUUGUGAUAUAUCAUUUCGAUAUAAAGAUGGUUUACCCCUUGUCUUGAAUGGAGUUGACCUCCACAUUAAAGCUGGAGAAAUAGUUGCUAUUGUGGGCCCAUCUGGAGGAGGGAAAACAACGUUGGCUAAACUUCUUCUUCGCCUCUAUGAUCCCUUGCAUGGUUGUAUAUUAAUUGAUGGACUCAAUAUUCAAUGUUUUCAGCUGGAAAGUUUACGGAGACAUGUUGCUUUAGUGUCCCAAGAUAUUAUGCUGUUUUCAGGGACAGUUGCUGAGAAUAUUGGCUAUAAAGAUCUUAUGAGAGGAAUUUACCUGGAGAAAGUUGAGCUAGCUGCAAAAACUGCUAAUGCUGAUGAAUUUAUCAAUUUGCUUCCUAGAGGGUAUGAGACUUAUAUUGGUUCACGAGGCUCAAUAUUAAGUGGGGGGCAAAAGCAAAGGCUUACAAUAGCAAGAGCAAUUUAUCAGAAGUCCUCAAUUUUGAUUAUGGAUGAAGCAACUUCUGCCUUGGAUAGCAGAUCUGAGCUAUUGGUGAGACAAGCUGUGGAGCAUGUGAUGAAAAAUCAUACUGUGAGGACUUGUGCUUCAUAUAGUAUCUUUUUUGCACCCCCCCCCCUCUUUCCCUCAUCCUCAUUGAACUUUUUGUUGUUUAAUUUUCAUCAUGCUAUAUAUUUCGUUUUGGCAUUGAAUUGGCUUCCUGUAUCUUUCUUCGAUACCUUGCUAUUUCACUUGAGAAAAGUCCUGUAUCUCAUCAUUGUACAAUUGCUCCAAUCAAUUUAAGCUGUGCUGGGUCCUGAACACAAUCUAAGAUUACAAACAAAUAUAUUUUGAUUCAAAUUUCAAAUUUUUACACUUGCCUCUUUACUUCUCUUCUUUUGUCUUUAUAUCCAAUUUUUUUCUGUGCAUGUGGUUGCAAGCCUGUAACUAUGAUGAAAAAGAAGGGCCCCUCAAGACUUACUUGUCUAUUUGGCUGACUCAUUAGCUUUUGUAUGUUGUUUGUGCUAUGUGCUGUGUGUAAUACUGAUGCUCUUAGUAGAUAGGUUGAUAGGUGCAAGGUUGUGCUUUGCAUAGUGAGCUAAGUAACCAAGCUGCUGUUACUGGUUUGAUUUCUGUGCUACCACCUAGACCCUAGAAAUCCAUAUGCACUUAGGAACUUUGAUAAUGUUCACGACUGUUUUUUCUUCGAGCUUCUUAGAAAAAGAAUUGCUUUUAGUGGUACUUUUUCAGCUUUGGAGACUCAGUGGUCUAUUAGAUGCCCUGUUGCCCCAUGUUGGUGCAUCUUUAAUUAGGGUCUGCCAGAAGCACCGCCUCUACAAUUAAGAGGAUUUUUUUAUGUAUAUUGACCUUCUCCUUACCAGUUAAGGAGAAAUCAAUCUGCAUCUGCUGCUAAUAGGAAUAUGGUAUAUUCUUUGUGUGGUCCACAAAUUGUAAAUACCAUCAGGUCAUGCCAAGUAGGUGCUUACCAUGAUUUUCAUCUUGAGUUUUCUUAAGCCUUGCAUGGCUUUGUGGGAUUUAUAAUGUACAAGUAUAUAACUUUUCAUAUGUUUAUGUUUUAUUGAUGAAAAAAUCAAUAGCGAGAUCUCAUGUGCUUGAGGUGAUGGGACUGAUGGCAAUCAGCUAUCUUAUCCUUCUACUGCAAUGAACUAACCUAAGGAGGGGCAAUAUGGUUAUAUGGGUAGUCUAGUGUUAUUACUUUAUUAGGUUGAUAGUCUUAUAGUCCUUAGUUUUAGUAUAAAAAGAGAGAGGGGGAAAAGGAGGAGUUAUGCAGAAUUUUGGAGUGAAUCCUUGGGAUAAUUGUGACCUCAAUUCACUGUUUUGCUAGUUGGGACCUAAAGUCACUAAUAUGAGAUUUGUAGGCAAAACCUACUACCUUUUGUAAGAGCAUCAGCAGGUUUAAUAUAAUUUCAAGCUUUCAGCCUUAAAUUUCUGCUUAUUUAUAUAAAUAUACAAAUCAGAUUGCUAGUCUAUUACAUCUACUAGUCCGAAUUAGGUUGACUGUUGGAAGGAUCAAAUGCAAGAGCUUCAUAGUAGUGCAGUAGUGCUGGAGUGUGAUUAGCUAGAUGGUAGUGCUGAAUAUUCUGGUUAUCCGCAAAUGUUUUCCUAUAUUGUCGAUUUAAUCAUAGUUAAAAUAUAUGAAAAUAAUGAAAUGAUAAAUUGUUCUGCAAAGUUGUUAGCUUGUCACCAGUAAUUUGCGCUUAGUUCCAUUUGUGUAAACUCCCAUGCAGCUAACAAGGUAAUUUCUAGAACAUCUGAGUAAAUGUGGUUGAACUGAUUUCAUGUGGAAUCUGAUAUAAUAAUAUCAGUCUUUAUUUUCCAUUUUCAAUGAGAUUAUUUUAAAACCUAAUGAUUGUUU